AUGGCUCGGUUCCAAACCGUUACAGGAAUAAAUCGGAAAAGAAGGGCUGCCGCGGUUAUUGUUUUGUUGGAGCUGAUGAAAAAAAGAAAACGCCGAUGGUGGGUACGACCGUGGAUCGCCAGACGGACAUCACUAGGUGCAUAUAAUGCUCUCAUGGCAGAAUUGAUGAUUGAGGACCCACAACAGCUGCGGGAAUUUCUGAGGAUGAGGCAUGGGGACUUUCAAGUUAUCCUUGAUAUGAUUGAGGCAGAAAUUACCCGCAAAGACACGGUCAUGAGGAAAGCUAUCCCAGCUAAGGAACGUCUUGCCCUCACACUCCGAUUUUUAGCUACAGGUGAUUCAUACGAGAGUUUGGCGUACUUGUUUCGUAUUCCUGCAAACACGAUCUCUGGGAUUGUUCCUGUCGUUUGCAAAGCCAUCUACAAGGCCCUGAAGGAUGGCAUCAAGUUUCCGCGUUCUGCAGUGGAGUGGGAAGUCGUUGCUGAAGCGUACAAAAAAUUAUGGCAUUUCCCCCAUUGCAUCGGCGCACUUGAUGGUAAACACGUGGUCCUGAAAGCUCCGGCCAAAAGCGGCAGUUAUUGUUUCAACUAUAAGGGCACACAUAGUAUAGUUCUGCUCGCACUUGUUGAUGCCAAAUACAGAUUCAUGUUCGUGGAUAUAGGCUGUAAUGGGCGAGUAUCAGAUGGUGGUGUUUUUUUCGGCAACUCAACUUUCCACGGGUCUAAAAGAGAAGGCGCUGUCACUUCCUGAUCCUUCACCACUUCCAGGUCGAACAAAACCUGUGCCUUACGUGGUUGUUGCUGACGAUGCAUUUGCACUUCAAGAAAAUAUAAUGAAGCCUUAUCCAUUCCGAACAAGGGACAUUGUCAGUCGGGUAUUUAACUACAGGCUUAGUCGGGCACGACGGAUGGUCGAAAGUACAUUCGGUAUACUGGCAACUCGAUUCCGCGUUUUGCUGAAGCCCAUCAAUUUGAACCCAGACAAGGCUCAAUUAGUUGUGCAAGCAGUCGUCGCCCUUCACAACUUCCUAAUGAAGGAACCGAACGAAGCGUAUACACCAAUUGGUACAAUUGACCUUGAAGACCGAGACGGAAAUAUGAUGCCUGGUUCCUGGCGCGCAGAUUUCAACCCCCAAGGGACGCUUCUGGGACUUCGCCAUCAAGGCAGUAACCACCAUGCGACAUCCGCGAGAGAGAUUCAACGCGAGUUUGGAGAGUAUUUCAUGACUCCUAUUGGUGAAGUGUCCUGGCAGUAUCAACAUGCGUAAAGUGGACCUACCUCUGAGGAAGAUCCCUGCCGUU